AUGUCGUCCACUGUGCCCGCAGUGAUGUCGUGGUUGGUCAAAAAGUUUAAGGUCUUCUCCUGUUCAUGGUGUACAAUACUUCCUCAGGUCGCUACCUCUCCCUCGCUCCCGGUCUAUGUGGUUUCAGCAGAGAGCCGAAGCAGAGUUCCUCCCAUCCGCCACACUGCUACUCAGUCUUCCUUGACUACCUCUCAAGUCUUGAUGUCUAAGAUUUGGCUAGCUCAACGCGUCGGCCUCAUCGUCAUCAAUUCACUCGGCGACCAACCUCACCACGUCUAUCAGGUUUCAUAUCAGGCUACACAAACCAAACGCGGAAAGCGGCGGUGGAGGGAAGCGUGUAGAGGGACAAGCUCGCUGGAUGGUGAUCAAUUCAGGGCCAGGAAGAAGAUACUAGCUAGUACUGCAGACCCCUCUCGACAGGAUGAUUUUGGAAGCAAGUAUGACCUCCGCGCUCGGGCAGUAACCACGCGAACGCAAAGCGCUCCGACCCCAACGCCCAUCAACGACGAUAUCUGCUCACCAUCCCUUGGUCUCAGCUCGAUACGGCUUCCCGAAACCUUCAUCGCUCAACCAUACCCUUUACACUCGCUAUUCUGCGGUACCUGGUUCCGCCCGACCCAUCCAUCUUCUUCCCACUUCUUUGACCAUACACGGCAAGCUUUUGGCGUAAUAGGCGGCGGCGGCGGUGGACAGCCGAGUCGAUCAUGGACGAGAAAAGCAGGCGAGGUUGAGGGAAAGGAGGAGCGGACUUUUGGGACGCGGUGGGAAGCGCAGCUGCAGCUCAAUGAUACGACGCGGGACCACUCGACCGACGUUUGGAUUGAAAACUUGACUGGAAGGGACGGAACUGAGUUGGAACAAUCACCUCGAGCUGGACGGAAAUUGGUAUAUCUCGGUCUCCCUCAAGAUCGCUUCAUCCGACAAGCCCGUCGAAGUCAACAAGGUCAUGUCCCCUUGACAUCGGCGGAGGUACUGAUGUGGUACGGGUACAGAAGUCGAGUGCCGGAAUGCUACCUGUCCGCUCGCCGGCUGCGUACGAGUACCCCUCCGAGGCGUCAGUUCGCGAUGGACGUCAGCCAAAUCCGGGGUCAGGAGUACAAUGGUGAUCUUGAAAAACGGCUCAUCUCCUCCACCACGGGACGACGACAGAUAUUCCGAAAACCCGUCCUCGGCCGUCCACUUCGUCAUUCGCCUAGCACACAGCUGCCCGUCCGCCCGUACUAUCUCCUCGUUGCUCCUCACCACCUGCGCCCGCAAUGUGCAAUUGUCGACGACCUCAGCAACAAGCUCAACUACACUGCUUGCUCAUUCUUGGGUCCUGGCGUGGGACGGCCUACUCAGCAUCACCCGCCGAACGAGUUUGGCUGGUCUAGCCUCGGCAGAUCGUCGAAGGACAUCUCCAUAGCUACACCGCUGCGCGCCUCGAUACCGACGCACGAGCCCAAACUUCGGAACGGACAAAGCAUCAACAAGCAUAGGUCUCGUCCAGAUAGACAUGGUCAAGGUGACCUCAUUCUCUCAUGCCUUCAGUCUUUGCUACCUCGCCGAGCCUGUCAUCUGCGGCCAAUCACGGAUCAUCGAUCAUCCCUCAGCCCUCAGCCCAGACGAGGACUCAACUUGACUUCGCCGUCACGUCUCCUGGCUUCGUCUUGGUCUCAAGUCCGAGUACCCCGCUUCAAGACAAGGGAUUUGGUCUCGACUCAAUUCGGAGCCCAUUCGACGACUGUCCUGAUCUUACGCGCCUUAGUUGGACCCUUUCGCCAGCAUCGCGGACCCGGUUUGGGCAUCGCAGCAUCACACGUGCUCGGUCCGUCGACCCCAGAACGACCAGCCGCUGGACCCCAUCUACCCCACGGAGGACCUGUCGGUUUCGGACAAGGAGGCCUCUGA